CUCCCAUAAAAAACCAAAACAAAGUGAAUUAACUUUGUCUUUAACUUUGUAAUAUGAUUCCCUCAACCCCACUCCCAUGUCCGAUGUCUGUAUUUCCAACCACCAUAUCGCUCUUCCCCUAAAACCCGGAAAAGAAAAAACCAAGAAAAAUAAUUAAAAUCUAAUGCAGGGAAUCAGCAACAGUACCAAUAGUAACUGUUGAAAAGAAAGUAAUACAAGAUCCACCUCGAACAUCUCUCCCUCCCUUCUCAUACCUCUCGACCCCCCUCUCCUAGUCUUCUUCCCCAUGUUUCUAAACAGAAAUUGAACGAUACCCAGAUAAGAAAAACGCAGAAUCAGAGAGACCCAGAAGAGCAAUACCCAGAAAUUCCAAUUUCCAAAUUCCAACGGGUUGUGUUGGUUUCCAUCUAUUUAUGUUUAAUUUGUAGAGCGUAGGAAAUAAUGAGGGAGGAGGACUCAAACUGGUUUUCCAGAUGGGAGGAAGAGCUUCCAUCUCCAGAGGAGUUGAUGCCUCUUUCGCAGACCCUUAUAACCCCUGAUCUUGCCCUGGCUUUCGAUAUCCGAAACCCUAACCCAUCUUCGCAACCUCCCCCGCCACCACCACCUCCUCCUUCUCAACCUCACUCGGCCGAGUUUGACUCGGGCGAGUUGGGUUCCGGUGCCGCCGGCGAUGAACCGGCUCGGACCCUCAAACGUCCUCGCCUUGUGUGGACUCCUCAGCUCCAUAAGCGAUUUGUGGACGCUGUGGCGCAUCUCGGGAUCAAGAACGCCGUGCCGAAGACGAUAAUGCAGCUGAUGAGUGUUGAUGGGUUGACUCGGGAGAACGUCGCCAGUCAUCUCCAGAAGUACCGGCUUUACCUGAAAAGGAUGCAGGGGCUUUCCGGCGGUGGCGGUGGCGGUGGCGGAGCGGCGGCGUUAUCGGCCACUGAUCCUGCCACGGAUCAUUUGUUUGCCAGCGCACCGGUUCCGCCUCACUUCUUGCAUCAUGGACGGCCGGCGUCUGAUCACUUUUUGCCGUUUGUGCCGGUGACUUUACAACAUCACCAUCAUCAACAGAUGGCGGCAGCUGCAGUUGCCGCGGCGCAUCAACAGCAGCAGCAGCAGCAGUUCCAUCAUAGGCAAAUUGGACAUUUUGGGUCGCCACCGGGUGGUCAAUUCGAGCAUGGGUUUCUGACACGGCAACCGCAGCCGAUGCACAGGAUGGGGGCACCAGUUCCGGGUCAACCACCGGCUUAUGUAGAGGAUUUGGAGUCGGCAACCGGAGGAGGAGGAAGAAAGGUUCUAACUUUGUUCCCAACCGGGGAUGAUUGAGUUUUGGUUGGUGGGUUCCUUAAGGAUUGGUUGAUUUGGUAAUUGAGCUGACUCUUAGGUGUCUCUACUGUUGCAUGGUAUUGGUACUUGUAGUGGUGUCUCUGGUAUUGGUCUUUUUUGAUGAUGGUGCUGGUGCUGGUACUGGUAGUAGUCAUGGCGAGGACAAUUUUCCAAGUAUUUGAGCUUGUUGGUAGGCAGAGAUGGUGGACGGUGUACUCUAUAUCUUAUAGAGACAUCAAACAUCAAAAAGAGGGUGUUAUCCCUGUUCAAAACAUUUGUUACCUAGCUUAUGGGACAUUCCCAGGUAGCUUUUCUGUGUGGGUUCAUUUUCCAUCUUUUUUCUUAAUUUGUUAUCUGUAGAGGGGAGAGGUUUGAACCAUCCAGUUGUGUCUUCAUGCUGUAAAUUCUGGGGUUUGAUGUGAGUUGGAGUUCCCAAUAUUAAGGGGAGCUUGUCACUUGUCAGAAACUCUGAUGUUAUUAGAACAUUAAAUGUAUUUCAAUGCUCCAAGAAUGCCAAAAUGUAUUGACUUAUCUGAACCUGAUAUUAUUCAAAAUUCUCUUUGUA